AAGCAUACAUAACACUCACAUAUUAAAGCAAUGGAUUUCUCGUCGGCAUGGCUAUCGGAGCUGGAAAUGCAAGAUCAAGGUUUCAUGAAUCAGUAUCAGAUGAUCAAACCAUAUCACCUGGUUGCUGACUUUAGUGUUGAUUCAUUUUCCUCAGAAAGCAACACUGAAAAUCCAUCUGUUGUAGGUCAAGCCAUCCAAAUUCCGGCAAGCAUCAAAGAAACGGCCAAUAACAGUAAGCUGCCUAGUUAUAAAAAAGCCAAUAGUAUUAACAAGAACCUUACUCCAAUUGAUGAAAAACCGAAGACAAAGCCCCUUCCCGAUGUUCCCAACACUUUCACUAUAUCUUUUGGAGAUCUUAAACCUAAAGAUGAGGUCAUCCCGUUCAAAGAUUCUUUUGGUUACACAACUGGUACCAAAAAGGUUCCAACUGUGAUCAGGAAUCGGAUUCAGCUCCAAGAUCAUAUGUUGGCGGAGAGAAAGAGAAGAGAAAAGUUGGCUCGGCGGUUUAUUUCUUUGUCAGCCCUCCUUCCUGACCUAAAGAAGAUGGAUAAGGCAACUGUGUUAGAAGAUGCAGCUAAUUAUAUACAAGAACUUCAAAGUCGCGUGAAGGAACUCGAGGGAUCAUCAGACUUGAAAACAAAGAAUAAUAUGCAAUCGGUGAUAUCUGCAAAGAGAUCAAAGCUUGGCCAUACCUAUGAAGAAGGUUCUUCUUCUGAUGAAGCAAACUAUGGAGAGAGCCAUAGCCCUAGCAAUUUUGAGAUCGAAGUGAGGAUGUCUGGAAGCAGUGUGCUAGUACGGAUCUAUUGCCACAAAAACUAUGUGUCAUUAGUGAAAGUGCUUAGCGAGAUGCAGAAGCUUGGACUAUUGAUCACCAGUAGCGCUGCUUUGCCAUUUGCCAAUACCACUCUUCUUAUCUCCAUUGUUGCUAAGAAGAUGGAUGACUUCUCGAUGACAUCAAACGAUCUUGUGAAAAACUUGCAACUUGCUAUUUGAGCUUUAGGUACUGUCAUGCAAUUUGAAGUUCAAGAUUUCAACUCGAAGAUUGUCCACUGAUGCAUUCAUUUCCUUUUUUAUCCCCACUGAAAACUCAAAGAGGCCGAGUAUACCAAGUGACUCAUUGACACACCAUGUUCAUUCACCAGGUAACCUACUAUUAUAACCCUCUCAACCUGAUUAGGAAAAUUUUAGAAUCAUCCCCAAGAUUUAGGUUCUUUCAGUAUGCUCCUGAAGAAGCAUAAGAUCGCAGCUCAGUAAAAUUAAUUCUAGGGUUUUUCCCUAUUUUAUAUUUCUUAAGAAGAUGGAAGGUUUCGCGGUGGGAAUAACCUUUCAAUUGUGAUCUUUGUUGUUGUCCCCUGUAUUAUUAGAUUGUAAUUUUGAUUAAUGUAGAAGAAAGCUGAGAGGUUUGAGUGUUUGGCAAUAGUUUUUUGUGGGUAACUAAGUUUAUUUACCCUAGUGAUGUAUCAUGAAAUCACCC